GCAAAAGCGACUGUCAAGCACGCGAUGAUGGCUCGCCGCCUGGACGACUCACUUUCAGCCUACGAACGUUCAGAAGGCGGCAUCAAGCACUGGCUUCUCACAGCCGCUUUACCUGGAGGCGCUGCAAUAUUUGAGAUCCCAGAUCACAUUCAUGUGCGUUACCCGGAAAACGCGUACGGAACCAUGGAGUCCAAAUUCAUAGUGGCCACUUUGGCGCACCAUAUCCGCUCUACGAAAGGGUCGGUGCGUGCUGAUGACGUGCGGGAGCUUCCAAUCGGCGCAGUCGCGUUGACACUGGCUUCGGUGGAGCGGGCAUUCAAGCACUACGCUCGAAACGACCCGAGUGUCAAGAUGGAUGCGUUUUCAAAGGGGAAUGCUGGGACACUCACCGCGUCCUGGGCGAACAAGGUCUACGGGGACCUGGUCCUCCACGAGGAGCGCUUUGAGAGCCUCUUGCAGAAGGUUGCGAACCUCCUCGCGCUCCCCGAGGUGAAGGCCGCCGAUCACGACUUUGUCAUGGAGGAGAGCUCCAUGUACUAUCGUCAACGAAGCAGCCCCCCACCCGAAGCCGCUGACAUGUGGUAG